GAUAAACACAAUGAGUAUAAUAAAAAAGGAUGCAAUGACAAUGUUUCGAUCACGUGGCUCUUUUAUAUUUAACAAUGAGCUGUAAAUCGCGAUAUAAUGAUCUUUUACGCUAUAAUCAAGUCUUAUGAAGUCAAAGCCGCUGUUCUAUCUCGCGAUUCUGUCACGACAGAUUACCGCCGCGAUGCUCGUUUAGUUCCAAACAUGACGUCCGCACCGCAUCACCUUUAAAAUGUUACUCUGUGUGCUAUUCAUGAACUUGUUAAUUCAAGUGUACUGCGAUGGAACCAUCAAACAGAUGAAGCCGUAUAUAUUCCCUAUACCAUUUGAAAUGCCCAACAGAAAUGAUCGCGCCGAUCAGUGCUGGCUAAGGAUAGAAGACGUGGAGAUAACGGAAACACUGACGAUCUAUUGUCGUAUUGCCCGUGCGUUCCUUCGUAGUUACAUCCCUGAAUACAACUUAAGGAAAAUGACUGAGGAUGACGUGAAUGUUAGUGUAUGGACUGAAGAAUCGAGGAGUCCAGAGGAUACUUUAACUAAACCAGAAACUGAUAAGAAAACAGUGAAAGACUGGAAGUUUACCACAGUGAUGGACCCCCUAAUGCAUAUGAGGUUAUAUGUGAGUCAAAAUGCAGACUGUAGAUUAGUCAUGUACAGCCGAGAUGGGACUUCGAAUUAUAAGGUCGAUUGUGAAACUCUAUUAUAUUUUGUCAAUGAUCAUUUACAGAAUAGUGCAGUGUUCUUGCGUGAUAAUAAGUAUCUUAUAGUAUUAUGUGUUUUCCUCAUAUUCACCAAUAUUCCAAUUACAUGGUAUAACUAGCAAUAUCUUUUCCCUAUAUGAAUAAAAUGGCAAGUUGUAUUUUC